AUGACGGAACCUUCCAAAGUCAUUCAUGUUCGAAAUGUGGGGCACGAAAUAUCUGAAAAUGAUUUACUUCAGCUAUUUCAACCUUUUGGAGUCAUAACAAAGCUUGUGAUGUUGCGUGCAAAAAAUCAGGCACUUAUCCAAAUGCAAGACGUUCCUUCUGCAAUAAGUUCUUUACAAUUUUAUGCAAAUACUCAACCUAGCAUAAGGGGGAGGAAUGUUUAUGUCCAGUUUUCUUCUCAUCAAGAGCUAACAACAGUAGAUCAAAGUCAAGGACGAGGAGAUGAGCCAAACCGAAUUCUCUUAGUUACAAUUCAUCACGUGCUCUAUCCCAUAACAGUGGAUGUACUAUAUCAAGUUUUUUCUCCUCAUGGAUCUGUGGAAAAGAUUGUGACAUUUCAGAAGUCAGCUGGCUUUCAGGCUCUCAUCCAGUACCAAUCACAACAGAGUGCUAUUACUGCGAGAACUGCACUUCAGGGUCGCAAUAUUUAUGAUGGUUGCUGUCAGCUGGACAUUCAAUUCUCAAACCUUGAUGAAUUACAAGUGAACUACAAUAAUGACCGAUCAAGAGACUUCACAAACCCUAGUCUCCCUACAGAACAGAAAGGAAGACCUUCUCAAGCUGGAUAUGGUGAUGCAGGAAACAUGUAUGGUGUUCAGGGUUCUGGAGCCAGAGCAGGUGGAUAUCCGCAGAUGCCCAAUGCUUCCGCCAUUGCAGCUGCCUUUGGGGGAGGUUUGCCUCCAGGAAUAACCGGGACAAACGAUAGAUGUACUCUUCUUGUCUCAAAUCUUAAUCCUGAGAGAAUCGACGAGGACAAACUGUUCAACUUGUUCUCCCUUUACGGGAACAUCGUGAGAAUUAAACUUCUACGCAAUAAACCAGAUCAUGCACUUAUCCAGAUGGGAGAUGGUUUCCAAGCUGAACUGGCAGUACACUUUCUGAAGGGAGCCAUGUUGUUUGAUAAGCGACUUGAGGUGAACUUCUCAAAGCAUCCAAACAUAACCCAAGGUGCUGACACACACGAUUACAGCAACUCAAAUCUUAACCGUUUCAACCGAAAUGCUGCUAAAAAUUACCGUUAUUGCUGCUCCCCAACAAAGAUGAUCCAUUUGUCCACACUUCCACAAGACAUCACUGAGGAGGAGAUUGUGACCCUUCUAGAGGAGCAUGGAACCAUUGUCAAUAGCAAAGUCUUUGAGAUGAAUGGUAAGAAACAAGGUCUGGUUCAGUUUGAGACCGAGGAGCAGGCUACGGAAGCCCUUGUGUGCAAGCAUGCCACCUCACUGUCCGGCUCGGUAAUCCGGAUCUCUUAUUCUCAGUUGCAGAAUAUAUGA